AUGAUGAGGUGGUGUUUUGCUGAAGAGCGUCGGGGUGAAGGGUGGGAAGUUCAGGAAGAUCGUGGUGAUGAUGAGUUGGCGUUUGUUGAAGAGCAUGAGGAUGAAGGGUGGGACUUGCAGGAAGGUAGUAAUCUAAUCUCUGAAGAGCGUCGGGGUGAAGAGUGGGAGUUUCAGGAAGCUGAUCGUGCUGAAGAUGAGGUGGUGUUUGUCGAAGACAGUCGGGGUGAAGGGUGGGAAGUUCAGGAAGAUCGUGGUGAGGAUGCGGCUAUGUUUGUUGAAGAGCGUCGUUGUGAAGGGUGGGAAGUUCAGGAAGGUAGUAGCCUAAUCCCUCUCUGA